CCUCAUACCCGUCGCUCGGGGCCCAUUUUGAUAGCCAUGGACUGAAAUGAACCGUGGAAGUUUGAGACGGGCGAGGGCGAGGGCGGGGACAAGGACGAGGAAGCCCAAUAGUCUACACGAAGCCCAAUAGCCCGUGAGACCGCCACCUCAUGGCCCUUAGCGUCUUAUCCCUCUCGCUUUUUAUCUCUCUUUGUCCUCCGCUCCGCCCCGCCCCCCUCGGCGCGAUGCAGAAGCAGCCUCAGCUCCAUGGCGCCUCUGCCUCUCCCACUCCCCCUUCCCGCCUCCAUGAUCAGUCCCCACCCUUCCAAACCGCACGACGCGCCGAGGCCCGACGCCUCCUUGCACGCCGCGCUCGCCUCCUUCUCGCAGCAAGCCCACGAGGGCGGCCUCCGCGACGCGUUCGCGCUGGUCGCCCGCGCCGAGCGCCAGUCCUCCCCCGCCGCGGUGGGUCCGGAGGUGUACACGUCGCUCCUCCAGUGCUGCGUCACGGCCGGGUCCCUCCGCGCGGGCCGCCAGGUGCACGCGGCGCUCGUCAAGCGCGGUCCCUACUACUGCCGGAACGCGUACGUCGGCACCAAGCUCACCGUCUUCUACGCGCGCUGCGGCGCGCUCGACGACGCCGAGCGCGCGCUCGGCGCGCUCCCGGAGAGGCACAGGAACGCCUUCGCGUGGGCCGCCGUCAUCGGGCUCUGGAGCCGCGCGGGGCUGCACGCCAGGGCGCUCGCGGGGUUCGUCGCCAUGCUCGAGGCCGGCGUCCCCGCGGACAACUUCGUCGCUCCCACCGUGCUCAAGGCGUGCGCGGGGCUCGGCCUGUCCGGCGCCGGAAGGGCGGUGCACGGGUAUGCGUGGAAGGCGGGAGUGGCUGAAUGCGUCUACGUGAUGAGCAGCCUCGUGGACUUCUACGGGAAGUGCGGGGAGGUGGAGGACGCCAGGGCGGUCUUCGACGCAAUGCCUGAGCGGACCGUGGUCACCUGGAACACGAUGCUCAUGGCGUACAUACACAAUGGAAGGAUCGACGAAGCCGUGGAGCUGUUUUACGAGAUGAGGGUCGAGGGCGUGCUGCCUACGAGGGUGAGCAUCUUGAGCUUUCUUUCGGCAUCAGCGGAUCUUGAGGCUAUUGAUGGGGGAAGGCAGGGCCAUGCAGUGGCAGUUUCGAGCGGGCUGGAGAUGGACGUGAUUUUGGGGAGCUCCAUGAUCAACUUCUACUGUAAGGUUGGCUUGGUGGAGGCUGCCGAGGCAGUGUUUGAGCAGAUGAAAGAGAGAGAUGCUGUGACUUGGAACUUGAUGAUUGCUGGGUAUUUUCAGGACGGGCAGAUUGACAAGGCUUUUGACACUUGUCGAAGAAUGCUGGAGGCUAACCUUAAGUUUGAUUGUGUGACGUUGGCGUCCAUUAUCAUGGCUUGUCUAAAGUCUUGCAUUAUGUUGGUGGGUAUAGCUGCUCAUGGUUAUGCAGUCAGAAACGGUCUUCAUUCAGAUAAGACUGUUGCUAGUGGCCUGAUAGACAUGUACGCGAGUGCUGGGAGGAUUGAACACGCACGCCGAGUGUUCAAUGCCAUGUGUCCAAGAAAUCUGGUCAUCUGGAAAGUCAUGAUUUCUGCUUAUGUCGAUUGUGGCAUUAAUUCUGAGGCUCGGAAUCUUUUGAAUCAGAUGCAGCUUGAAGGCAUAUCCCCAAGUGCAGCAUGUUGGGAUUUAGUAAUUUCUGCUUUCAUACGGAAUGGUCAAUUUGAAGACGCUCUAGACAUAUUCAGUGAGAUGCUUCUGACGAAAACUCGGCCCAAUCUGCGCACCUGGAGCUUGUUAAUAAGUGCCUUAUCCCAAAAUGGCAUGCAUCAGGAGGUAACAGAUAUAUGUUGCAAGAUGCAGGAAGUAGAGUCAGCACCCAGUCCAACAAUCUAUUCAUCAGCGAUCCUUGCUGUUAAAACAGCAGUUUCUGAAGAUCACGGGAAGGUAAUUCAUGCGUGUGUUGUUAAAAAGGGUCUGCUGCUGUCCAAAUCCGUGAUACAGUCACUUCUGAACAUGUAUAGUAGUUUUGACGACAGAGACACAAUGGAUGGUUUACUAAGACUGUUUCCUGAAUAAAGUACAUAACAUAAAAUGCUCCCGAUGCUAUAGGGCAUGCAACUCUACAUGAUUAUACCAGGUUGCACAUACUGAAGUAUUCACCAUCAGCGUGGUUGGAAAGUAAAUAUCUAAAGUUGCUAACACAGACAGGUUUGUGCUCAGCAACACACACUUAUGGUAUGGAGUCUGCAUCCGUUGGAGAGGAAUUUUCUAGGGAUCAGAAGGUUCCAAUCAGGAAACGAGCACCUGGAAGAGCCCGGGGCAGCAAGAAAACAAUGCUGCUGUUUGUUGUUGUGCAGAGCUCACUCUAAAGCUUGAAGGUACAGAUACUUGAACUAUUUGCAGAAAUGUCGCACUGUGACCAUGGAAAACAUGUUGGGAGGUGUUGCCCUUUUGUUAUGUCUGCCCAGUUUGCUCAAUUUUGGAUCAGAAUCGACACUCUGUGCUGGGCCUUUUUGGGAAUUGUCAGAGGACUGUAUGGGCAAACUGCUGUUGCAGUCCUUGUUACAGUUGAGACAAUAGAACAAUAAUAAUAAUAUACCCAUACUGUAAAGUGUAAUUAGCUCACACAUAUCUUUUAUUCUUUUGGGUAAAAGUUAGAAGAUUUUAGUGUUGAUCUUAUGGUUACAUUUUUCUGCGUGAGUUUAGAUUUUACAAACAUCAAACUUACACCAUUGGCUGUAACUUUCAGAAAAGUUGUUUUUGGUGACCCUGCA